AUGUCUAUUGAUAAAACUGACAACUACAGGAUCCUACAGCGUUCUCGCAGACUGGAAUAUCAUGAAACGAAAUAUUUUGCAAAGUCGACAUUCCACUUGAUUUGCACCUACUCCUUCACCACUGCUAAUUGUACCGCUGUGCUGUUGACCGAAGGACCAUAUCUUAUUCUUCCUGCGACCAUUCUUCUCACCAGAUCCUGUACGCUUCGAUUGAUACUGACCGCUCUGUACCUAGACGUUCCCCGAUUCAAGUACCAGGGCGCAGGCAAAAUCGAUUUCCGCGACCAAAACAGAAGCGAAGGAACCUUCUGGCUGUACGACUGCCACUUCCACCGCGAGGAUGGCGACGCGCUAGUCACAGGAACCUUUGAUGUCCUUGUUCUUGUCCGCUGUUUUGUUGCAUCGGACACGGGCGAAACAUUUGACUACGAAGCGUAUCAACUGUUCGAGAACAUUACCGUCAAAGAUGCAGACGAAGUCGAAGCUGCAGACGAAGUCGACAAGUAG